AUGUUAAGACAGGAGAUGAAACGAGCUAAUGGUCAGUUACACAUCCGUAGACUGCCCUUUAAUAAUAUUAUAUUGAAAUAUGAUAUUAGACAUAGUUCUUCUAAUAAAGGACCUCCUAUUCCUAAAUCAAGAGCUGUAAUAUUAACAGAGGGCAAGCCUUCACUAUGGGUCAGGAUUAAGAAUGAAGCCAGUCAUUAUUGGAAUGGUACUAAAUUGUUAGGACUCGAGAUUAAAAUUUCAUUUCGACUUUUAAGUAAGAUAACUGCAGGCUAUGAACUAACACGUAGGGAAAAAUUACAGUUCAAGAGAACUACAAUUGAUGUGGUUAGGCUGAUCCCCUUUGCAGCCUUUAUCAUUAUCCCAUUUGCAGAAUUAUUACUACCAGUUGCUUUAAAAAUGUUCCCUAAUUUACUCCCAUCGACUUAUGAAUCUCCAAAGGAUAAGCAGACAAAGAUAGAAAAUUUAAGGAAGACUAGAGAAAUGGUAUCUGAAGUUAUGAAGAAAGAUUCUGGUUCUUUGAAGCCUUCCAGUUUUUCACAAGAACAAACGACUGUCUUUAAUGAAUUCUUUAAACAUGUCAGGGCUACAGGGGAACCCGAAUCGAAAGAACAAUUGAUCCAAGUUGCUAGACUCUUUACUGAUGAUACUGUCUUAGAUAAUGCAACUAGACCAUAUUUAAUUGCAUUGGCCAAAUAUAUCAAUUUACAGCCUUUCGGAACAGAUGUGAUGUUACGUUAUCGUAUCAGAAACAAGAUGCUAGAGUUGAAAAACGACGACCUUUCUAUAUUUUACGAAGGUGUCGAUCAGCUAAACCCAGUUGAAUUGAAGAAUGCUUGUGCUUCUAGAGGAAUCAGAAACCUGGACGUCGACGACUCAAAAUUGAAACAGAACUUGAAGAAUUGGUUAGUAAUGAGGAUUAAAGAAAAAAUUCCAUCAACCUUACUGAUCAUGGCAACUGCAUACAAUUAUGGUGAUGUAACUUCGACAAAGUCUCUGUACGAGAAUCUGACUGAUGUUUUAAGUAGUAUUCCUGAUCCUUUAUAUCAUGAAGUGAAGGUUAAUGUUGUGGAGGAAGAAGGCGCGUCAGCCAAACAGAAACUUGCCCAACUUAAGGAACAAGAAAGUUUCAUGAAGGAGGAGGAACAGCAAGAGGUGAAUUCCCAAAUUCCUGUGAAGGAUGAUAUUUGUCUUGAUGACAUGGAAGAUUCAACUAAAAAUACCAAACCAAGAGAAAUAAAAUUAAUCAAAUCAGCCGAAAACAAUUUCUUGAAGCUAAAGUAA